AUGGCGGCGGUAAGCUCAGGUUCCACUGCCGAUUCUCUAUCGUCGCGCGCUGCAGAGUAUCUUGCACAAGACCGAUUCCAUCAACGGUUCACACUGCCUGCCACAGCAGAGCACGGCGAGCUCCAAAUGGCGAAGAACCUGCCUACCAGUAUAUUUGGCGCUUGGCAUCACAUGCCCAAGAUUGUAUCGGCUGGUGGGACAGCGUUCAACAAAAUCUCUAAACUACUGCCUUCGAGCAGCGGUGUCAACGCUGCGGAGACGCCACCGCUGGAGAGAAACCGCCAGAGGAUAGAGCGCGACUAUGGGCUGCCGGUGGAGCUGCAGAAGGAGCUGCAAACCCUGACACUUAAGGCUAUUUUCAGCGAGAGCAUGGUCGGCGCAGAUAGCGAGGCACUGUGUUGCCUCCGGAAAGGGCCUGCUGGGUUGUGGGCCGACUGCGAUGACUAUGCGCUCUUUGUCAGGAAGCUGGCCGAGCUUGAGAGAGGCCGACGAGCAGAAGAUGGCGGUGAUAACAGAGAAAAGCUGAGAAUAAGUGCUUACUUUGCCGAGACCGAUUCUAUGAUUGGUAAAAGAGGCCAAAGCUACAUGGAGGAUUGCUGGAAAGGUAGUGGGGAAGGCGAGUUUCAGGACGUGCUGGAUUUCACGACCACGACAGUCAGAGAGACAGAUCACGACAGUGUCGUACAGUCCGUCGAGGUUUUGGAGCAGAUAUUUCUCGAUGCUGGUGGUGCUGCGCCAUCAAGCCUUUAA